AAGGAUGAUAAUGACGCUGCAAACCAGGUUUCUAGCCAGGUUGCUAGCACUUGUCAUUCUUUCUGUGCUGUAUAGCAAGGGAACAACGCAAACCUUCACCAUUGACUACCAGAGAGAUUGCUACGCUAAGGAUGGCGAGUGUUACCGUUACAUUGCGGGGGAAAUGCAUUACUUCCGAAUCCCAGCCCACUAUUGGGAGGACAGGCUCUUGAAACUCCGUGCUGCUGGAUUCACUACUGUUCAAACGUACAUACCGUGGAACGUGCACGUGCCUGCGGAAGACACAUACAGUUUUGAGGGAAUAGCAAACGUGUACAGUUACCUGGAGACAGCAUGGUCACUAGGGCUCACAGUGAUAGUGCGACCUGGCCCCUUUCUGGCAACGGAGUGGGACUACGGGGGCUUCCCUGCUUGGUUACUAAAAGAUAGGCCUACUUUAGAUGUACGACGGAACGAGACAAUGUUUAUGAAGGAGGUGAAAAAGUGGUAUUCCAAACUCCUCCCCACACUGAAACCCUACUUGUACAGUAGCGGGGGUCCUAUUAUUGCAGUUCAGGAUUAG